AUGUCAUCUGAAAGUCCUUUGAGUGCUGAAAUGUCGAAGAGGGUCUCUUUUUUAGGUUUGAAUGGUAUUAAACUGUGGGUAUUGAUUUGUUUGGUAGUCGGCAUAUUUGUAGUUUUGGUUUUCUGUAUCUUAUCUCUAUGGAUUGCGUUCCGCCGAAAAUCCAGAAGAUCAUCUCACAAGUUGUUACCCUUCAGUCAAAUACCACGCGUGGCGAAGGAUAUCAGGGUUGAUGAUAGGGUUGGGUUUCAGAAUCAUAAUGAAAAUUUAUGUAUAACAGUUGCUGAUAAAUCGAGUGACAGAAACUCGGGAAAGAUGAUGUCUUACUUGGGAAGAACAAAGUCUAGUGAUAAUGAUAGUUUAAGUCAAUGUAGCUCUGUGCAUCACCAUGAGAGAGCUUGUAGUUCUCACUCUGGUGAAGAAGGAAGCUUUGGAACCGGUUGGAGACAAGCUUCCCUUUCGCAAGGCGGACUUGUAACAGCAUCUCCUUUGGUUGGUUUGCCAGAAAUAUCUCAUCUUGGUUGGGGACACUGGUUUACUCUUAGGGAUCUUCAGCUAGCCACCAACCGUUUUGCUGCAGAAAAUGUAAUUGGUGAGGGUGGUUAUGGAGUAGUUUAUAAGGGUCGACUCAUCAACGGUAACAAUGUUGCUGUAAAGAAGCUUCUGAACAAUCUGGGACAGGCUGAGAAGGAAUUCCGGGUUGAAGUUGAAGCUAUUGGUCAUGUACGGCACAAGAAUCUUGUAAGACUUCUAGGAUAUUGCAUAGAGGGUGUUCAUAGGAUGCUUGUUUAUGAGUAUGUGAAUAGUGGUAACUUAGAACAAUGGUUACAUGGAGCCAUGGGAAAACAUAGCACUCUCACGUGGGAGGCUCGCAUGAAAAUCCUUAUUGGUACUGCACAAGCGCUUGCUUAUUUGCAUGAAGCAAUAGAACCAAAAGUAGUCCACAGAGACAUAAAAGCCAGUAAUAUCUUGAUUGAUGAUGACUUUAAUGCAAAACUUUCCGAUUUUGGGUUAGCCAAGCUCUUAGACUCGGGUGAGAGUCACAUCACGACUAGAGUUAUGGGCACCUUCGGGUACGUAGCACCUGAAUAUGCUAAUACAGGUCUAUUAAAUGAGAAAAGCGACAUCUAUAGCUUUGGUGUUCUUCUUCUGGAAGCUAUAACUGGAAGAGAUCCAGUUGACUAUGAACGUCCUGCUAAUGAGGUGAAUCUGGUUGAAUGGCUAAAGAUGAUGGUUGGGACAAGAAGAGCUGAAGAAGUUGUUGAUCCAAGGAUUGAGCCCAAACCCGCUACACGUGCUCUGAAACGUGCACUUCUUGUUGCCCUGAGAUGUGUAGAUCCUGAAUCAGAGAAACGUCCCAAAAUGAGCCAGGUUGUGCGGAUGCUUGAAUCCGAUGACAACCCUUUUCGUGAGGAGCGGAGGAAUAGAAGGAGUAGAACAGCUAGUAUGGAGAUUGUCGAGACCACAGAGGAAUCAGCUGACACAAGCAAACAGCCUGGUCAGUCAGAGAACCACACUGAAAAACCUGAGAAGACUCAUGAAUAG